GGCGCGGUGGCAGCGGUCGCCGCCGGCACCGCAGCGGUAGCAGCACCCGGUGGCGCGUCCGGCGGGGAGGCGGCGGCGGCGCUGGUGGUGACUGCGGGCUCUCGCCUUGCGCCGGCCGGUGCGGAGCGGGAGGACACCUGUGCCCGGCGGUUCCGCGCAGGUGGCCGGCGGGGAGCCGGCGCGGGGAGCGGGGGGUGGGCUCCCUGAAUGAGCGACGGGGCGCAGCCGCCUCCGCCGGUGGCUCUGCCCGUACCCCCAGCGCGGGGAAGUUACUGCCCGCCUGCCAUUUUGGUGCAGCCUUCGGCCGAGGAUAUUCCUCAUAGUUACUCAUAUCCAGGACAGAGCAUAUAAUGGGGAGAAAACUGGAUCUUUCGGGCUUGACUGAUGAGGAAGCAGAGCAUGUGCUCCAGGUGGUUCAGCGAGACUUCAGCCUUCGUAAGAAAGAAGAAGAAAGGCUGAGCGAAAUGAAGCAGAAGUUGGAUGAAGAGGGUAACAAGUGCAGCAUCCUUUCCAAGCAGCAGAAGUUCAACGAGCACUGCUGCAUUCGCUGCUGUUCCCCUUUCACGUUUCUUAUCAACAGCAAGCGACAGUGCCAAGACUGCAAGUACAACAUCUGCAAGAGCUGCAGUUCUUACCAGAAGAAGGAGAAGGCUUGGAUCUGCAGUGUCUGCCAGCAAGCAAGGCUCCUAAGGACCCAGUCUCUGGAUUGGUACUAUAAUAAUGUCAAAAGCCGCUUUAAGUGUUUUGGAAGUGCCAAAGUCCUAAAGAACUUAUACAAGAAGCAUAGACUGGAGAGUGGAGUUUGUCCUGAUGCAAUAGAAGGAGGUUUUUUUGAAGGAAGCUUUGAAAAUGAAGGGAGCAUUUGUGGCAGUGACUCUACGUUCUACCGACAGACAGAAGGACACAGCAUGAUGGAUACCCUUGCUGUGGCCUUACGCGUUGCAGAGGAAGCAGUGGAAGAAGCUAUUUCUAAGGCAGAGACCUACAGUGACAGCCUGGACAAGCAGAACGAGGCUUGUUACUUGCAGGAGCACAAGGAGGACCUCAUUGAAGAGCUGGCCACAACCAUCGUGCAGAAGAUUAUAAAGAAGCAGAAAAGCAAAACUGAGCAGGCCGAGGCUGACUUUGAAUGGCCACCGUCCCGGAGCAGUGGCCUGGCGUCUGUGGCUGUCUCAGAUCAGAGUAUGCUGACUUUUCCAGGGAGCCGCAGGGGGUCCUACACGUUAUGGAGGUCUCAGUCGGCGUUCUCCCUGGCUAGUGAAGAUAUGCCCAGUAAAGGACUAGACCCUGCAUCGUCUGUGACUGAGGCUCUUUGGAGGCAGCAAAAAGGACAAUUCAGGAAACAGAAGGAGCACAAGCUUUCUGCAUUACCCAGCUGGAAAAGCGUGGACAGGCUAAAUGAAACAAAUCCGCCUUCUGUUUUUCAAAGCACUGAUGGAAACUGGGUAGCUUUGCAGAAUGUCACUUUGCCUCGCCCUCGAAUGCUCGCCAAACCAAAGAGUCAAGUAUUCGAAGCUUUGGAGAACGAAUCCAGCGUUGUCUCUGCCUAUGACGAGAUGGGCUCAGACAGCGAGGAUGACUACGACUGGAAUGUGGCCUUGAACAAGCUGCGUCGGAGACCUCGGCAGUUACCAGAUGAUUUCUAUUACACCAAUUCCCAGUAUGGUACUGAGUGGGUUUAUGGCAAUGAUCAGUACCAGGCAGUGACCUCCCCUUCCUCUGGGUUGUACACCAAUACUGAGACAGUGUUCUCAGAUUCUGAAACAUCUUCAGUAAAUUCUUCCCAGGAAGCUAAAGGACCUAGCAAACUUCUCUGGUUACAAAGCAGAACUCAAAGUGAUAUGCCCAGAAUGGAAAAAAACCAUUUCCACGGAGAACUGGAUGUAAAUUUCAAUCCACAGGCAACCAGUUUGGAGUAUUCAGACAGCAGUGAGACUGAAGAAGUCAAUUAUGAUUUAGAAAAGAGGUCAAGAAGGUGGAGGAAAAGCAAAGCGAUUUCUGAAGAAUUAUGUGAAGGAAAAAAUCGCACAAAACCCAACAAGAUGAAUUUAAGUCAGGAUUUCGAUGAUUUAUCAGAAACAGACAUAAGCAGUGAGGAUCAGCAUCAGAACAUCAAGCCUGACCUUAUGGAAGAGGAGCUUAAAUCCAGGUUAUUUCAGCUCGCUGCUAAAAUGAGUGACAAGGAAACAUCUUCUGGUGAAGAACAAGAGCCAGAACCUAGAACAGACCCUGAAAACCAAAAGGAGAGUUUGUCCUCGGAGGAAAAUGGCAGAAGUAUUCAGGAAGAGUUAAAGAAGAAGUACUCUGCUGUCUCUCUCUGCAACAUAUCUACAGAGGUCCUGAAAGUCAUCAAUGCCACUGAAGAACUGAUAGCAGAAUCCACCGGUCCCUGCGAUUUCCCAGCUGACGUUCAGGACAGAGGAAGAGGGACGUUCCCUCUGGGGACGGACCCCGUCAGACUCGAUGAGCAGCUCACCACGCUGGAAGAAAACGUGUACUUGACAGCCGGCACGGUGUAUGGGCUGGAGGGGCAGCUGACCAACUUGGAGGAUGCCGCACGCAAGAUCAACAGUGUUACGGCAGAAUCUGAGCUGGCCGAUCUGGAGGAUCAGGUGGCCACCGCAGCCGCCCAGGUUCAUCACGCAGAGCUUCAGAUUUCAGAUAUUGAGAGCAGAAUAUCAGCUCUCACUGUUGCAGGCUUGAACGUGGCUCCAUGUGUUCGCCUGACAAGGAAACGGGAUCAAAAGCAAACAAACCAGAUGCAUACAAUAGACACAUCAAGACAGCAGAGGAGGAAACUUCCAGCUCCGCCAAUAAAAGGUGAAAAAAUAGAUGGUUCUCUAGUUACCACUGUCAGAACAUUUAACAGAAACUUCAUGCUUCAAGGAUCUCUAACACAAAGAACUAAAGAGAGGAAAAGCACUGCCAAGGACUUAAUGGAACCUGCUAUAGGAUCUGCUGUGAUGUACUAAACUUACACUUCCCUACUGCCAAUAACACACUGCCUAAGGCUGUACACUAGAGUGCCUUUACUUAACAGCCAUUGCAUAUGUCCAGCUGAAAAUGGACCCUCAAGAACCCACAAUGCCUCAGUUAUAGGGCUUCGUUUGGAUACCUCACUGAGAAAGCUGUCCAAGUCUUCAGCAUUGUGGUCUGCUAAAGGAAACUCUGCCUUAAAGUUCUCACAAGACUCUAGAAAGGAUGCUGAGUUUCAAAAGCAAGGCUCCACAUUUUAAGAUGCACUUUUUUUCCCCAUUGAUUGUACUGAAGUAUGUCGUCUUUAAACUGCAGUAUGUUUUUGUAGACUCGGUCAAUCAGAAUUAUAGGCCAAGAUUUCGUACAAAAAGAAUGAACACAGCAGACCUGUGAUCCAUAUUUGCUGGCCUCUUGCUGUUCACGUAGGCAUCCAUCUUGUCGAGCAAUAAGAACAGCUCUGUGCAGCAUAUGCUGCUUUUCAGCUGCGUGGUGGGAGCAGAGGAUCAACGUACCUAGCUCUGCUCCCAGCGAGUCAGUGGAAGUUUUUGACAGGGUUUGUAGGAGGAGAUGCGAUGUGCAAAGGCUUCUCUGUUCACUGUUUGGCAGAGUUAAUGUUCUAGCUCCAGAGCCAGGUGUUUUGCUCUUGGUGGCAGGGGGGAACAUGGAUGUCACGUUGAACUGUGAAUUGGUGGCAGCACAUGUGGACACGGUGUCUGAGUUAUGAUCCUGGCGUCUGGAAAUAUCUGAAUACUGCUGUGAAACCCACACCUUUGUAUGUCUCGUUCUUCUUGGUAGCAUUGUCUGCUUGGUGGUGUCCAACCACACGCUAGUUCAGAAUAAGUUCUGACCAAAUCUUUAAGAUUGGAGAAAGAAAGUAGAAGCAUUGUGGAUGAGAUCUCUGCUGACUGGCUGGUGGUCGUAGGGUGGCUGCAACCUGUAAGAGGUUCCCUUCUGCAGUUUCCUGGCUUUUCUCAGGAGGGGGCAAAUGUAGCCCAGGUGUCUCUUCCUUUACUACUCUGUAGCCGACAUAGUAGCCGGGGCCUGUCACGGGUGCCACGUGCAUUCCACUACCAUUGGACCACUCUGAACUGGAUUGGGAAUAGUAAACUUUCUUUCAUAGAGUUCUUGAGACCUUUGAAAGGUGGACGAAUCUAGAAAGCCCUUGAGCAGAUGCCCAGGAGGGAAGAUGCUGCUUACAGGGUGUCCCUCUCACCCUUUUUGGGGAGGACAUGGCCAAUUUGCGGUACUUUUUGCUCUGAAGAAUACAAAGGAGGUCGUUAGAGGAGGUGAUAAGCCAGUGAAUCCCGUAUCUUCCACACAAAGUGCAGAGCAAGUACCCAAAUGCAGAUUGGAUUGAGGGGAAACGUGCUGUGGGCUGGCAAGUUCCUCCUCAGGACUAAGGAAUGGUGAGGUCUCCUGAGGGCAGUGGAUACCUGGGGAGGAGGAGAGCUGCUCCUUUCCCUGCUCCCAGACAACCCCACUAGGAGAAUGCCGCAUAUGACCUGCCACACAGCAGGAAAGCAGUCCCUUGGGACACCAGGCUAUGAAAUGUCUAUGGUUGGGCAAAUACGAGGAAAACUGGGCAAAUUUCCUGGCUAGGCUGAAAUUAGGGGGGGCAGGUGGGGAAGGUGAGGAAUGGCUGGAUGAGACGGUUGGAAGAACAGUGCCAGUUGCAAAUCUGACACCCACGUUUGACAUCUAGCUUGUCGGUACUGUGAUGUCCAGAUUCUUGUAAGGAACGCACAGGAUAAAUACAACCGUCUCCCCACCUAGAAUACAUAAGCGUCGCUCCAUCCCUUCAAGGAAUUUCCACCUGCCCAAGAUUUGACCGGAUGUGUUCAUUCUGGGUGAAAUUAUGCCUUUUUUUACUCUCACACGAGUUCUCUGGAAUUGGUUUGCACAGAUGUGAGAGCAGAAUUUGGCCCACUCUGUUUAAUAUAUAAAUAUAUAUAUAAAACAAAUAGAUUUUAUUUAUAUAUGCAAUCCAGUAAAGGAGAUUAAACAGAGUAGGAUGCCUAGUAAUUUUUUUUUUUGUUAUCCAGUCUCCUCCUGCUCCUUCCUUGACUGUUCUCGUGUAUGUAUACGAUACAUUCCCAGGUUCUGGUUUAUGCAGGUAUGCGUGUUAUGAAAUGUCAUUAAUGGUGGUUGGUCUACAUAUUCGUCUAAUAAAUAAUAACUAAUAUUGUGUAUGUAAUAUCAAUACAGAAACUACUAAUUUUAAUAGAAUAACUCUUUGGCUUUUGUUCUGUUAGUGUGAUUUAAACAAGCCAACAAAGUUUGGAAUAGGUUGUUUUCCUUAAGAGGCAUGAAAAGCAAUUAUUAUCGUGUUACAAUGUUAAAAUAUUCAGUCUUCUUUGACAGAAAAAUGUGUACUGUGUAGGCAUUGCAAAAAAAAACAACAAAAAAAAGAAAAAAAAAAUCCCAUCUGCUAUAAGGCAUUUGAAUUUUUACAAAUGUUUAUUGUGCCAAAUAUGUGCAGAGAUAUAAUUUACUGUUUUAAAAAAAAAAAUCAUAAAAGCAUAUGUUAUAGCACACAAAGAAUUAUUUUGUCAUCAAGUGAUUUCAAUCUUUAGUGUUAAUAUUUAUAUUUAGAUUAAUUUUUAUAAAUGAAAAUAUUUUAAUGGGUAAAAUGAAGACUAUAUGAUCUAUUUGAUUAAGUCUGAGUGAAUAUUAAGCUUGCCUUUGUUGUUGUUAUCUGCAUACUCGCCGAGAAUUAUUGUCAAGAGAAAUUAUAAAAGAGUAAAAGCGAUUUAUGAAAAGAAUGCCUUUUCAAGGACUUGAUUCAUAAAGAAAAAACAAAAGUUCUUCUCUGUUGUUUGGAUUUAUGUGCACUUUGGCCAGGAAGCGUGCAGAACGGGCUGCCGCACGCAGAGCUCAGGUCCUGCCUGUCCACAAACGACCCGUCCCUCGUCAAACCCAGGAGAUUCCAACUCCGCAGAAUCACCUUGCAGAGCUGCGGGGAGGAAUACACGUUAACGCACCCGGUUCAGAUUUUUUCCGCUGGGGUGGGAGGGAUCCUGUUAGGAACGUUUGAUGGCUAGUCUUCUGCAAACUCUCGAGUCUGUUGGGCGAAAGACCAUCUCGAGCAGAGUUUCUGUAACGCUCACUGGCAUCGCGACAAAAUGACAAAAUGAGCAAGAACCCUGCUCGUGAAUGCUUAUCAAAAUAUUUCUUUAUCAGCGUAUUUUCUCCACCAUGAGGGCAUUCAUUUAAACUAGCGUGUUUUAAGUAACACUUCGGGUGUUAAAUGUUGUAUUAUAAAUAGGAGUAACUACCUUAUUAUAAUAAAAAUCCACUCCUUACUGACAGACCAUUCGCAAAGAGGAAAAAAGCGGUUAAAUUAUCCGCAAUGAUUAACUCAACCACUACUAUAUUUUAGUAGUAGCUCUAACAAAGCACAACUAGAAAU